AUGACAGAGCUCACUGCAAGUUCAAGUGCAGCCCCUACGGCAACCUCCAGACCCAACGACAAGUCACAAAGGUCAUCAGAGCACAAGGAAGGAGACCGCUGGCAGAAUUGCAACUCAGAUGACUGGGACCACCAAAUUCUAGUAUCACGACCAAAGAUACGUCUUCACGCACAAGAGCUACGACAUCCAGCAUCCAGCUCAUUCUUCAUUCUCAUCCCAGACCUAGCUUCAGUCCUCGAUAAAGCUCUGGACAGUAUCGUCCAAUCCAUCUACACUUCACCAAAAUGGCCUUGUCCAGAUAGGUCCAUGGAAGAUUUAUACAAAGACAGACCUAGAUUUCGUCCCUCAAUACCUGCAACUAGAUCCAUUACUAUCUUUCUUCGAGACUUUGGGGGUGUGGCCUACACCACAGGAACGGAAUUAGACAACGACCAUAAAGAAAUUCAUUUGUCGCUUCCGUAUAUUCAGCACUGUACAUCGUCGAAAAAUUCAAAUCCAUUGCACGAGUUACAUGGUGUUUUGACGCAUGAACUUGUACAUUGUUAUCAGCAUACUGCACCUCCCUUUGCUGGUGAUGGUGGGCGGAAGAUCCCUGGUCCACCGGGUGGCUUGAUAGAGGGGAUUGCGGAUUUCGUGCGACUUAAGGCGGGGCUUGCGCCGCCUCAUUGGAAGAAACCUCAAUCUGCGGGUGACAGGGCGGAUAAAUGGGAUGCUGGAUAUGAGAAGACGGGGUACUUUUUGGCGUGGAUUGAAGAUGUAUGGGCUGGGCGGGGUGCUAUUGGGAUGGUGAAUGAUCGGUUAUUGCGGGUUGGGUAUUUGGGUGAGGGGGAUGAUAAGGAAGAGGCUCAGCCUGGUUUUUGGGAAAGUCUUUUUCGAAUUGGAGUUGCGGAUCUAUGGGAGGAAUAUGGUAAGUGGCUUGAUGCUGGUGAGGAUGCUCCUGGAGAUCAUGAGAAGGCGUGUGGGAAUUGGGAAGACGAAGUCGUGAAUCCAGAAGCGUAG